AGAGAGAGAACGUACGAUCUCUUUUUUUUGCCUCAUGGGCCACUCUAAACUCACUCUCUUUCACCAUCCUACACCAAUUUUUACCAAUUCAACCCUCCCCAUUCUUAUCAACCACACCACACAACCAAAGCAUUUUUAGAUUAUCUUUUUAUUGGGUCAAACGAACACACAAUAUAUUUAGGAACAAGGAAUCUCUUACUCUCAUCAGAUCGAAGGGAGGGGUAUUUUUUGGUAAAUUACUCCUAAGCUAUAGUAAGUCUCUCGAUUCCGUUACACUCGUCUCACAACAGAUAAUUUAUCUCUCUAUCUAAUCUCUCUCCAAUGGAGAGGAGAUAGCUCUACUCCUACUACGACUACACACUUCUUCUCCUUCUUCUCUCUGUAAAAAACAAAAAAAACAAUGGCGGAAACUGAGAGACCCCACCGUUCUUCUAGUAUUAACAGUAGUAGCAACAACAAUGCUUCUUCUACCGAUCUUUUCAUUUGUUUCACUUCUCGUUUCUCUUCUUCUUCUUCCAUGCGUCUCUCUUCUAAAUCCAUCCAUAGUCCUGCUCGUUCCGCUUGUCUCACCACUUCCCUCAGCCGUCGUCUCCGUACCAGCGGUAGCUUCAAGAACGCUUCCGCUGGGGUUUUGAACUCUCCCAUGUUUGGUGCUAAUGGCGGACGCAAGAGAUCUGGAUCUGCCUACGAGAAUACUACCACCAACAACAACAACAUAGAGCCCUCGUCUCCCAAGGUCACCUGUAUUGGUCAGGUUAGGGUCAAGACUAGGAAGCAUGUCAAGAAGAAGAUGAGAGCUAGAUCUAGGAGGAAAAGUGGCGGUGACACUAGUUUCAGGAGAUCGGCUGAUCUAAACGACGGCGGUAGCGGCAGCGGAUGUCGUUUUGAUGCGAGUGAGAAUCGCUGGGUUCAUCUUCCGGUGACUAUCUGCGAGUCGUUGAGGUCGUUUGGUUCCGAGCUCAACUGUUUCUUCCCGUGUAGAUCUUCGUGUACGGAGAACAGUCAUGGAGAUGGGAGACGAGUUGAGAGUAACAACGAGGGUUGCGGCGGAGGAGGAAACUCGUGUGGUGCGGUGUUUACGAGGUGGUUUGUGGCGGUGGAGGAGACGUCGGGAGGGAAGAGAAGAGAGAUUGAGCUUGUUGUUGGUGGAGAAGACGAUGUUGAGGAGGAUAGACGGAGGAGUCGUCGGAGGCAUGUUUUCGAGGGGCUUGAUUUGAGUGAGAUUGAGAUGAAGACGGAGAAGAAAGAGAGAGGAGAAGAAGUUGGGCGGAUGAGUAUCUGUUCUCCGCCGAAGAAUGCUUUGCUGCUGAUGCGGUGUAGAUCUGAUCCGGUUAAGGUUGCGGCGUUAGCUAACCGGGUUCGGGAAAGACAGUUGUCGUUAAACGACGGCGUAUACCGAGGAGGAGAAGAGGACGAACACGAUGAGAGAAGAAGAAGGUUUGAGCUGGAGAUUGAAGAUAAGAAACGGAUCGACUUGUGUGAGAAAUGGAUUUCUGGGGAGAGAGAAGAAGUUGCAGUUGUUGAACCAGAAGCAGAGGUUGUUCCUCCUCUUCCUCUGGCUUCAAAUCCUGUUACAGAGGAAGAAGAUAGAGUCCAAGUUUUGGAAGAUUCGAUUGUGGAAGCAGAUGAAGAAGCAGAAGCUUCGAAAAUCUUGGAGGUUGAUUCGUUUCAAGAAGAAAUUGAAGCUACGAUUUUGAAAAACAUUGAAGAUCAUAUCAGAAACGCCAUAGAAGAAGAGGAGCACAUGGCUGAGGCGGACGUGGAAGACUUAGCUGCAGUGGCUGAGGCGGAGGACCAAGAAGAAGAAGAGAAGAAAGAGGUUGGUGUUGCUGUCUCUGUAACUCAAAACGAGGAAAGAUCCGAACAAGGAAACAGAGAACCCGACCCGAGUCCAGAAGUGGUGCUGAGAGGAGGAAGUCAACUUAAGAAGACGACGGCGACGCCCUAUAAGGUGUUACCGGAUUGUUUGCUGCUAAUGAUGUGUGAACCAAAGCUAUCAAUGGAAGUUUCCAAGGAGACUUGGGUUUGCAGUACAGAUUUCGUUAGAUGUGUACCAGGAAGACCUCCGGCGAAGAAGAUACCACCAGAACCUACCGGAGAUAAUCAUCAUCAUCAUCAACCCAAGAAGCGAAUCGUCGCAGCCGUUGAUUCCAACGCAUCUUCUCGCCGGCGUUCAAUCGAUAAACCACCCUUACACCUUCAGCCGCCACGGUCAUCGUGUUCAUAUCCAGCAGCUCCACCCAUAAUAAUGACGGCUGCGGCGGUUGGGGAGCAGAAGGUAGCCGGAGCUAAUAAGGCGUACGAGCCACCAGUACUGCCACGUUGCAAAUCUGAACCUAGGAAGUCAGCUUCAAAGCUAGCGCCGGAAGCUUGUUUCUGGAAAAAUAGGAAGCUCGAGCCACACACUCCGGCAACCGUCGGAGUCGGCGCCGCCGGAGUAGGGUUCUAGAAGAAAGGGGGGGGGGACGUGAGUGGGAAUAAAGAAAACUAUUUGGGUGUAAUAGUAAUUUUAAAAUACUACAAGUCCUUGUUUGUAAAUUUGUUUUGCUAGUCAUAAUUCAUUUCUUUCACUGUGUCAAUGUUUUUUCAUGAAAA